GUUACCUCCGCUUGUGCUUUGAAUUACCUCCCCGCAUUGACUUUGGACUGUUGCAGUGGGUUCAACUGUCAUCGCUAGUGAUCGCUCGCUAUAGUGUAUCCAUGCUGACAAUGAAGACCCUAGCUGGCAAAGUGUGUAUUGUGACCGGGGCUACACGUGGAAUUGGGCGUGGCAUCGCUCUACAGUUGGGUGAGGCUGGAGCCACCGUGUAUAUCACAGGCCGGACACUAACAACCCCUAAAGAUGCUGAUGUGGCGGGCAGCCUUACAGAUACCGCCACUGAGGUCAAGGCACGAGGAGGCAAGUGCAUCCUGGUGCAGUGUGACCACUCGAAGGAUGAGGAUGUGGAAAAGCUGUUUGAGCGUGUAGCUAGAGAACAGGAGGGUCAGUUGGAUGUUCUGGUCAACAACGCCUAUGCUGCCGUCAAUGACAUUGCCAAGAACUUCAACGUACCAUUCUGGGAGCAGGCAGAAGACAUGUGGGACAGAGUGAACAAUGUGGGACUCCGGUCAGUCGAGAACCACUACAUCUGUUCUGUGCUGGCGUCUCGGAUGAUGGUACCACGUAAACAGGGCCUCAUCAUAAACGUAUCUUCAAUUGGAGGACUGUCGUACCUGUUCAAUGUGCCGUACGGUGUUGGCAAGGAAGCUUGUGACCGGAUGGCCAAAGACUGCUCGGUGGAGCUGAAGAAACACAACGUGGCCUAUGCGAGUCUGUGGCCAGGGGCAGUAAAGACAGAGACCGUCACACGUUACUUGGAUGAAGAAUCCAUGUUUAGCAAAUUCCAAGAGACUUUCAAGAAUGGGGAGACUGUGGAAUAUGCCGGCAAAUGUGUUGUCAGUCUGGCUACAGAUUCCAACAUUAUGAAGAAAACAGGACGGAUUUUGAUAUCAACUGAUCUGGGUUAUGAAUAUGGCUUUGUAGAUAUUGAUGGCAAGACCCCACCGAAUCCUCGACAGAUCAAAUUCUUGGUGGCCUACUCAGGAGCAUCCUGGUUGGCAGGCAUCAUUCCUGGGUUUCUGAAGAUCCCUCUGUGGGUGCUUGCCCUGAUGGGCAAUAAGUUCUAGACAUGACCAGCAGUGAUUGUUUUAUUGUGUUUAAUCUUCAAAAUGUUCACAUACAAGUAACAACUGGGAUACUUGUAAGCAAGUUUGUUGUGUACAUGAAAUAACUGUUAAAAUGCAGAAAACAGCUGUACAUCUGUAUCAUUAACUAAACCAACAGGUUGUUCAAAACAAGGCCUCUAUCAGGGACCAAUGGCUCUGCCAGUAUGAUUCUAACAUGCUGGAGGGUUUAUGUUACUCAGUGGUAAUUACUGGUACAUUAAAAGGUUUUUUUUAUACUACCA